GCUGUGAAUUACAUACACUGCCUCACCUCUUACUCCGCGCUCUAUCAGCCUCUCCAACCUGGACGCGGACGUCUCCAAGCAGCAAUCACAUUGUAGGCGCCAACCGCAACCAUGGCCAUGGACACAGACACGAUUCCGAACCUGCUCGGCGACCUGCGCGACCAGGCACCGGAGGAGCUGCAGGAAUACUUCAUCCACUUCGAGGACUACUGGGAGCGAAAGCUAUGGCACGAGCUGACGGAUAAGCUGAUCGAGUACUUCGAGCACCCAGAGAGCGCAAAGCAGCGGAUACCGCUCUUCGAGACCUUUAUUAAGAGCUUCGCCAACAAGAUCAACCAGCUCAAGCUCGUGACGCUGGGCCUGAAUGCCGCGACUCAGUAUAGAGAUGAGAAAGAGCGCCUCAAGUUCGUCGACGACUUGGCGAAGAGGGUCAACAAGCCCGCCUCGCAAGACGCCUAUGUCUACGCCACAGUCGCCGUAGCAAGCAUCCAGUUGCGGUUAUCAGACUAUGACGGAGCGCGGAAGAAGCUGGACGAGUGUGAGCAGAUACUCGAGGGCUUUGAUUCGGUAGAGACGGUUGUGCAUGCGUCCUUCUACCGGGCAAGCGCGGAAUACUACAAGGCCAAGCACGAGUUCGCCGCCUACUACAAGAACGCGCUCCUCUUCCUCGCCUGCAUCGACCUGGCCGACCUCGACCUCCGUGAGCGUCAAGCCCGCGCUUACGACCUCAGCAUCGCCGCCCUCGUCUCCGACUCUAUCUACAACUUCGGUGAGCUGCUACUCCACCCUAUCCUCGACUCGCUCGUCAACACACCGCACGCCUGGCUGCGUGAUCUUCUUUUCGCCUUCAACCGUGGCGACCUCAUCGCCUACGACGUCCUCGCAGGCAACAUCUCGAAGGUGCCCCUCCUCAAGGAACAUCAGACCUUCCUCUAUCAGAAGAUCUCGCUAUCUGCGCUCACAGAGACCGUGUUCCGCCGGCCACCGCACGAUCGCGCGAUGACUUUCCAGACGAUUUCGGAGGAGACCAAGGUGCAGCCGAACGAGAUUGAGCAUCUCAUCAUGAAGGCGCUGAGUUUGGGCCUGUUACGCGGUACCAUCGAUCAGGUCGCAGAGAUCGCGCGGAUCAACUGGGUGCAGCCCAAGGUGCUGGAUAUGAAGCAAAUCGAGAGUAUGCGAACGCGGUUGAGGGAAUGGGAUGCGAGUGUCAACCAGCUUGGGAACUGGAUUGAGGGGGUUGGAAAGGAUGUCUGGGCCGCGUGAGCAGUGUCUCUCUAUUGCAGCGGAGGAAAAGAGUUAGCGAAGGACUCGCUCAGCGCGUCCCGUUGAUGGUAGGCGCUAUGGGGGCUAGCGAACAGAUGCGAGCCAUAGCCAUAGCCGUCAAGAUGUAAUCAUAGAGUCUAGCACGGCCGGCUACACACACUAUAGAAGGCCAGGCGGACGGAAUACGAAAUUUAUGAAGGCCUUAAUUGUAUGCUAACUCCACCCGCUCACGUGAAAUGUCC